UUAAAAAAUGUAACAUUCUCCAUGGUUUUUCAACCACAAGAGUGUCAUCACAUCAAGUCAUGAAUGGCAUGCAUCCGGAUGCCUCUAGAACCCACACCAGAAUUUUAAUAAUAAUAAUAAUAAUACCUUAAUAUUAUUAUUCGAUUUUCAUUAAAUUCGUCUAUUCACAAUGGGUUUUCUUAGAACAGUUGCAGCAGCGUCAACAACUACGGCCAUUACAGCAGCACUCACCCUUAACUCCAUUUCACCAUCUUCAUCCUCAUCACACAAUAAUCACAACUUCACAAAACCCUUUUUCAAUCAACCCUUUUCAUCCCCAAAUCGUUUCGGCCUCAUCAAGAAUCUCACCAGCCCCCCUUCUGCUCUUCACAUGGACACUAAACAGGCUCCAAAGCUUGAUGCGGAAUUGCCGGAAGUUAUGACAGAGUUCAUGGUGGAUAUGAGUUGUGAAGGUUGUGUUAAAGCUGUCAAGAAUAAGUUGCAAACAGUCAAUGGAAUUAAGAGCGUUGAUGUGGAUUUGAGCAAUCAAGUAGUUAGAAUUUUUGGGUCUUCACCGGUUAAGACCAUGGCUGAAGCCUUGGAGCAGACCGGUAGGAAAGCCCGGCUAAUUGGUCAAGGGUUACCAGGAGAUGUCUUAAUUACUGCUGCUGUUGCUGAAUUCAAAGGCCCACAAAUAUUUGGGGUGGUCCGUCUGGCCCAAGUGAGUAUGGAAUUGGCUAGAAUCGAAGCCAACUUCAGUGGGUUGUCACCUGGAAAACACGGUUGGUCCAUCAACGAAUUCGGUGAUCUUACUCGAGGUGCCGCCAGUACUGGCAAAGUGUUUAAUCCUGUUAAUCAGCUCUCAGAAGAAAAGGCGCUCGGUGACCUGGGAACACUAGAGGCUGAUGAGAACGGUGAAGCGUUCUUCUCGGGUGUGAAAAAGAACCUUAAAAUCGCGGAUCUUAUUGGUCGAGCAAUAGCGGUGUAUGAAAAUGAAGACAGAGGUGAUGCUGGGCUUGCGGCAGCGGUUGUAGCAAGAAGUGCAGGAGUUGGUGAGAACUACAAGAAGCUCUGCACCUGUGAUGGCACCACCAUUUGGGAAGCAACCAAUGCUGAUUAUGUAUCCAGUAAAGUUUAAUCCAAACCGUUUAAACACAUUUUGUUUGUUUGUUUGUUUUCAAUAAAGUUUAAUCCGAUACAGUUUAAACUAUACCUAGGUGUGAUUUGAAUGCAGAGAGAUUGUUUUAUGUCAAUUUGAUUGUAUCUACUUGUCUUUA